AUUCGUAACUCAUUGUCGUAUUUUAUGCGUGUGGUGACAUGUCCGACUCUUCGGGGGGCGUUGUGGGCGGAUCGGGGGGCGUGGGUGCCAUGACGAUCUACAUGAAAGAGUACAGCCAAUUGCAAAGCCAUCACCUACAGAGCCUCCGUGGUGAAAACGCCCUCUUGGACCUGGACAUCGUGUGCCAAGAGCGUCACAUCCGCGUCCACAAAGUCCUCUUGGCCUCGGCCUCGAAAUUCUUCAAGGAUCAGUUAUGUCAAGCCAACGUGUUGGUACCCGUCCUGAUUCGUUUGGAGGACUUUGGUCUGGACCUGCAUUUCGAGGCCGUCAGUUCCGUGAUCGAGUUCGUGUAUCGCGGACAAGUGGUCAUUCCCGGUCAGCGGUUGACGCACGUGUGUCAAGCGGCACAUGGUCUGGGUAUUCACGGUUUGGUCGAUUUCUUGCCCCAAACCUCGGACAAAGUGGACGAGGACGAGGAUGGCCCACAGCAGUCGCUGCAUCCCGCUCAGACUCUGACGCCCAGGCUGAACGGUCAGAGCGCGGGAGCGGGGGUAGGCGGGGCUGAAGGGGUGGCGUGUGCUAAUAUUGAGAGUCAGAAUGUCCUCUAUUCGACCGGAUUGGAGUCGUCCGAGCCGCACAACGGCCCUUUUCGGUCCACUCUCGAAGACGGGUCUGGCGCUUAUUCGGGCGGAAAUUGGCUCAAUGGCCAAGCUGUUCAAAGUCCUACCUCCUUAGUGGAUCACUCCAAUGUCAAUCCAAACGGCGGGGGCUCAUUUUAUUCAGGCUCAUCCCAACUCCUCGACUCUCAACCCUACAGCCACCACUCUCAGUAUGGAAACACUCCGAUGUGUUCAAGCCAGUUCGAUGAGCAAUACAUCGAGCACGAGAAUCAUCAUCCAUCAUCUCACCCUGAGGGCCAUCAAGAGGACACGGUCUAUCAAUACAACCAUCCUUCCUUGGGCGAGCCCGUGUCUGAAAUGAUUUUAGAGGACACCUUCAACCCCCUAGUGGGAAGCCAGCCCGAUGAAGCCCAACUCGACCCGAAUCCGGGCGAUUUGAUCGAGCUUUCGUUAGCCCCGAAAAAGGUCAAGCCCAAUGAUCAAGACGCGGAGAGCGGUCCGGUGGAUUUUCCCAUGCCCAAAACGCCUCAGGGGAAGUUGAGAGUGAUUGCUCAAAGCAUGCUCAACGCCUCUGAGAACAUUCAAACACCUAGUCGGGUCCAAGAGAGCCACAGAUUGCGAGUGCUCGAGAAGAUCCCUCUCCCCGAAUCGGGUUCAGCAAGUAAUCUCGAAAAUGAUACUGGUAGUGUGGCGUCAAGUUCUGUCCCAUCAGCAGCUUCUCUGUCGACCACGACGACCAAGGCCAAUUCCACGGUCAUUCAAACCCCAUUGAAUGCCAAUCAAGUGGCGUGGUUGACCUCUCAAUGCUCUUCAACGGCGGUUUCCGGGCCAACAACUUCCGAAGAAGAAGCCGUGGAUCGAGUGGAGGUACCCGGUGGGACUUGGAUCCUGACCAAUCCUAAAACAGGCGGGGAAGGGGCGUGGACGGUUCCGGCCGAUGACCCUCAGCCCAAGCCUCCUUCCACGGGAGAAGUGGAUAAAUCAUCCAAUCCAGGCAAUUGGCACCUACUCACCAAUUUCUCCCAUGACUCCACCCAAGCUCCUCCAGAAGAGUCGGAAUCCAAGAAAUUAGGCGAUCAGAUGCUGGCCAUUCGGUCUGGUAUACCAUUAGCAUUGCAGACCAAAAAGCGGAAACGGACCAAAGACGAUCCCCCGGAAUGUGAGAAUAGCAUCAGCACUACUAAGAUGCCCGCUUCCCCGGUCAGCUCCUCCAAGAAAGGUGAUCUUGGGAUUCGGAAAGAUCUCACUUUGCCCUCGGCCCCCAAACCGGGCGAAGACAACGUUUUUCAAUCCGAGGAUCAAACGCGGGACUCAAACGCUCUACAAUUUCCUGUGGUUCAAUUGGAGGAAGACGAGGAUUGCGAGUUAACCAUUCGCGGGAUCGCGGAAUCCGGACAAUCCGGAUUGAUCCGAACCGCCACGACCAGCGAAGAAUAUCAAUGUGUGGAAUGCUCCAUGGGAUUUCCCAAAGCUGCUCAACUCCGACGACAUGUCAAGAGCCUGCACAAGGAAAAGGACCAAUUCAUGUGUCCGGUGUGCAAGAUGGGUGCCAUCUUGGGCAAAGAGGAUCUCAAGGUCCAUUUGUACAAAGAGCACGGGAUCGGUGAGAUGUUUCGGUGCGAAGAGUGCGAUUUCGAGUGUCUGGUCAAAAGUCAAUACAUCAGCCACGUCUCGUUGCACUCCUUCAAGGAUGACAAGCUGAAAUGCAUCAAGUGUGAAAAGGAGUUUAAGAGUCGCAACGGCUUCAAGCUCCAUUUGAAGCAGCAUUUCCAAGAGAAAUUGUUCCAAUGUUCUUAUUGCAGUGAGUUCACGUGUGCUCAAAAGCUUUCGCUCAUUCGACAUUUGGCCACCAAACACAAAAAGGACUUAAUGGGCAACGAUCUCCAAGAGAUCCACACGUGCUCGGAAUGUGAUUUCAAAUCAGUGGCGGAUUAUCAAUUGAAGGACCACAUUCUCCGCAAACAUACGUCCAAAGACAAAAUGCGCUUUCAUUGCCAACAUUGUGAUUACGCUUCGGUUGAGAAAGCGGCCGUGGAUCGGCACGUGCGAUUCAAGCAUACCAAUGAUCGACCUUAUGAGUGCGAGAUCUGUGGAUUCAGAACCCACACAACCGCGGCGAUGGCGCGUCAUAAACGAGGUCACUAUUCACAGAAACCGUUUGUGUGCAACAUCUGUGGGAAAGCUUACGCAGAUUCCAAGCGAUUGCGAGAUCACAAGUUCCGUCAUGAGGGCAAGUUUCCCUUCGUUUGUCAAUUAUGCGGAUUUUGUACCCGAAGGAAGGAUUCGCUCAAUAAUCAUAUGCAAAGACAGCACAAGUCUGAGAAAGUGGACCCUGACCCGGGGGUGGGUCAGGACUCCUUUGAGAGCCAUCAUGAAGGUAAACCCGCCCGCGUCAAGGCCAAUAGUCGGAGUCGACAAAAUACGGGAGGCGUGCCCAAGUCUCACAUUGUCGGUCAUAUCAAUCAAGAUGGAAGCAUCCGCCCGAUUUGUAAUGACCCGGGGGUGGGUCAGGACUCCUUUGAGAGCCAUCAUGAAGGUAAACCCGCCCGCGUCAAGGCCAAUAGUCGGAGUCGACACGAAUCGGGAGGCGUGCCCAAGUCUCACAUUGUCGGUCAUAUCAAUCAAGAUGGAAGCAUCCGCCCGAUUUGUAAUGUGGGCGAGGACGAGCAGAACAUACAAACCAGUCCCAUGCCCGUGGUCAAUGCGGAUGAAGUAAUCGUCAUCAGUCAGAAUUCGUCGAGCUCCAUCGGAUUGGCCAAUGAGCUCACCAUUCGAGAUGAAGGCGGGACUAAUCGUGCGGAUGAAAGCGGAUCCGAGAUCGCGGAAGAGGGAUAA